AUGACGAGCACCCCAAAGCAAAAGUUUCGACCUUCUUUGGGCGAGCCUUCUCGUGUCAGCAGACUUCGCGCACAAUCUCCUGGAGCGUCUUCGGUGGGAUCAGGAGAGGAUGUAGGUACAUCGCCGCGCAGGCGUGCCUUGUUUCCCAGUGGUACAGGGCGGCCCCGAACAAUUGUCAGUUCAAGGCAUUCGCGUGACCCAAGACCCAUUGGGGACAGGGCUUUCACCUCACAAUGCGCCAAGAAUGUGGUGGAGCUUCUGUGUGCUCGAGGAUAUUCGAAGACAUUUUCGCAUGACAAGCUCUUGAAGGACCCCUCCACGAAGGAAUUCUAUGAUGUUUUCCGGUUCUUGAUCGCGCAACUGGACCCCCAGCUGGAAGUAGAAGGCAAGAUGGAGGAUGAAGUGCCCAGCAUCAUGAGACGCUUGAAGUACCCUGUGGAAGUCAAUCGCUCCAAGCUUCAGGCUAUUAGCGGCCCGAACACUUGGCCGCAGUUGCUGGCAGUGCUGGAUUGGCUUACUGUUCUUGUCCGCAUCAACGAUGAUUUGAUAGAGCCCUUGGCAGCGUGUCAACUGGGGCUAUCAGACGUGGGUGAUCCUGAUCGUGACGCAGGCGACCAUCAUGUUCUCAGAUCUCUACACGAAAACUACUUGAACUUCCUGAGUGGCAAGGAUGACAGUGGAGAUGAAGAGAGGCUGCGGAUGAUCUACAUGCAGCGCAUCGAAGCGCUGCAGGCAGAAAUCCAACGGCUCGAGAACCAGCAGGUGGAAAUGCAGCAGAAGCUACAGGAUUUUCAAGCGGAACAUGAAAGACUCCAAGAUCUCCAGAAAGUGCCCGCCCAGCUUGAGAUGGAAGCUGAUCGGCUGCGUAGCAUCAUUCAGGCGCAGGAGCACAAAGUACAGACCAUUGAGGAUGAGACGAUCUGCAAAGAGGCCGAAGAGCGGGAGCAACAGAAGGAGAUUGAAAGCUUGCAGGCCAAGAGAGCUUGGUUGGCGGAACAGGUUGAGAGCCAGGCUUACUCAAGAAGAGACAUCGAGCGCCUGCAUGCUGAGCGGUCCCACCUGCGGCAGCUUUUCAAAGACUUGAAGGCUGAAGGCGAACGGGCUGAUGAAGAAGUGUGGGAACUGGGCAUGCAAGAGAAGAGCCGUGCUGAAGAGAUUGGUCGCUGGGUCCGCCAGGUCAAUGACACGGUCGAGUAUCUCACGCAUGCCUUGACAGAGGAGGAGGCAGAUAUCUUUGACUUCAGAGUCCGUGUGGACUUGUCUGAGCCCAGUGAUGCUUUGGCAUCGCUCGCUUUUGACGAUCAGAAGAGCUGGGCGCAGGUGGCUUCCUCCUCUCAUGCUGAGCGGCUCCAGCAAGCGGAGCUGGCCCUUCACGAGCUUCUCGAGGAGCAGAGGGGCCUUCAGACGGAACUCGCGGAGAAGGAGGGUGAAUCCCGUCACAUGAGGGCAAGGCACGAACAGCUCACCCGCAUCUAUCAGGAGUACCGUGAGUGGAGCGCUUCGCAGAUAGAGGAUGCGCAGAAGACUACGGAAGCGACUGAGGAUGCGGUGCACGAGAUUUCUAUUGGCAGCGCCGCUCCAUCACUACGAGAUGCGGCAGAGGUUGACAAGCUGAAGUUGACCUUGGCCUCCUUACAGACCCAAGGAGCCCAUGAACGCACGCAGUUGGAGGAGCAAAUUCGCCGAGAUGAAGAGCGUCUAGAGGAACAUCGGCAGCUGAUCAUGCGCGAGCUUGACGGCUAUGCCAAGGCUUCCGCGGCGCUCUGCGAUGACGUGGAAGCCGCCCUGCUGGAGCUGCGUGACUGCAUGCUUGCUGCAUGCUGUAUGCCUGCAAAGGGGGGGUUCCUGGGUUUCCUGUGA